AUGUCAAGCUUCGAAGCUUCCACAACAUGGCGUGUGAUUGAAGCGAUGGUGUUUGGUCUAUCAUCAAAGUAUUGUCGCCCUCAACCCGCGAGUCCAAGAAUCGUUCUUUUCGCCGCCUUUUUCGCGGACCCCCUUCCACCACGCCUCAGCUUCCUCGGGACUCUGCAUCUGUAUCACUAUCGCCUACCUACGUCCUGGGAUAUUUGGAUCACUUUAAUUUUCAUCGAGUUUAUCCUGCUACGGAGCGCCCAGGGCAUCUUGCACAAGCUGGACAUCGGAAGCCCCAGUGAACAUUUACGUGGGCUUGAAGCUGACCCAAUUCUAAUCAAAACCCGCCGAGCGAGGCAGACACCCUCCAGCCGAUUGGAGACACCCGUUGUCCACUCUCGAUCUCAGUUGUCCUUGGGAAACCUGGCUAGAAUAGACACUCCAAUCCAGGAUUUGGGCUUGUCUGCACGUGUCCUAUUGUACUCAGCUAGUCAGUCAUCUUCAACAAAACCUGUAUUCAACCAGCAGCGUCGUUCGGAAUCUGUCUUACAGUCGGGACCGCCUUCAAAAAGCCAAUUGAGCUUGGGAAACAGACUUUCGGCCUCUGCUAUUGUUACCGAAUACCCCAUAGGGGAUUAUGAGAACGUCGGGCCACGCCGUCGACUUCAACCAAGGUAUUAUCGCCGAAGCGUCGGUGUGCUCCCUAUCACCCAAUCAACCCCUUCGAAAGCUCUUAUCUUGUCACCUACUUGGAACCACCCGCACGUCCAAUCUUCAUUAAUUCUAGCGCCAGCCACACUCCCCGACACCUCAAACUUUCCUUUAAGCUCGCCUUUGACACUGAAACAACCAAUGACCUCAGUCAUGCGUACUUCGGAACACGCAAAAUUUACCCAGUCCACGACGCAUCCACAAGCCGCACAUGUGAUUAUUGAAGAUCUUACACCUCGAGGCCCACAAAUUUUUGACUCUUCAUUGCACACAGACAUCCCGAGUGAUAACAAGACAGAUGCUUCUAGUUCAUCUCCCAGACUCUAUUCCUUACUCACUCCUUCUGCGUACCGCUCCAAAAAUCGUCCGAGCCCCAAAAUGAAGAGUAGCUUUUUUUCAGCCCUGAACAAAUCCGAGCCUAACUUUUCUUCCAGUUCGACGCCCAAAGCUAAACCCUCAGCCAUCAGCAACAAAUGCCCUCAGGACUCUGUAGAAACUCUUGAUAAAUCAAACCAACGGAGAAGUCCUCUUAUUUCGGAGUUGUCUCCUAGUCUUUCGACACAAGCUCCUUCGCCGACUCUGAGUAAUGAUGAAAUUCCGCGUCUGACGACGAGUCCGAACCUUCAACAUCAAAAAAUGAAAUCUAUCAUCAAUAGUACCUCGAAGAGAAUUUCCAUUUUCACCUCACGCCUCAAUCACUCAUCAGCCGCAAGUCGAACGGGGCCCAACGCCAACCGAGAUUCACUUACAACAUCAGAUAUCGGCAACCCAACACCGCUUCCCAAUCGCACUGUCGAAACUAGCCUUCUGUCGGUAAUUCCUUCAGACAACACAUCGAGGUCCCCAGCAAUUGAGUCAGAAAGUUCAGCAAGCAAGGCGAAUGCGUCGAACAAUAGCAGAAUCCAUUCUCCUGGGUUCUACCAGUCACUCAAGAUGAGGUGGAAGCCGGAGCAUAGUGGCCGAAGCGUACUUCCCCUUUCCCCCUCAAAUAGUACACCAGCCACCAAAGAACUUAAGGCGCAAACUUUUUCAAACUAUGAGAAACUGAAGAGAUCUCAAAAACUGGCCAUUCCAUCUUUUGACGAACUUCUUCCUCCGGAAUUACCAUUGCCACAACGUUCAUCGAGAAUCAGUCUUGCGGAGUUUUUAACUUCUAAAACUCCAAAAAGAAGCGACACUUGCGAAGAUAUGGAGACUAUAGCUCCCACAAGAACAGAUUGCAAGCCCGUUUGUACUCUCGGCUCGAAGAAAAUGACACCACGACCUGCUCAGACUCAUAUCUCACCUAGACCAAGAGCUGCAUCAACAUCAAGUACAAUCUCCACGUCGACAUGUGAUCCUCUCGCAAGUUUUGCACUCCGGGGUCCAGAUCCUGGUCGACGAUUCAGCCAUCUUAAACCUCUUCAGCUUCAGGUUGAAAGUCUUCGAAGACGGCCUUUGUCCACGCCCUCCCAAGUGGAACAGUUGAACGUGACGGAAGAGGUGGAGUUUCAAAAUGGAUUACAUCCCGAAAUCAAUUUAGCGAUAUCUGCCCUUGCCUCAUCUGGCAGCCUUGAGUCAAUCACGGACAAUUUUCCCCUAAGUCUGGCUGGACUUUCAAGUGUGAUCCAGCAACGCGAUCUGAGAGGCAAUGAACUAGCGCGUGUUUCGCUGCUUACUGCUUCCUCUGUCUUUUCGGAGUCUCCGCCUGGCCAUGUUCUCCUCAACGGGAUCAAAAAGCGAGAUAGCACGCGUUUCACUUUGGGACCAUCCGUUCAAAGAAAGUUACGCUCAGAGGAAUACGAUAACGACCUCAUGACAUUUCUUUUACCUUCCCCGCAAAUGGGAUUGGACAAGUCAACCGAUCCGCUGAGCUUGAUCAACCCCCUACUUCCCGAGAUUCCUUUGACGAAGGUAUCAGAUUAUCCCAUUGGUACCACAGAUCACUAUCUGGAAGUCCCUGCACGUAGACAAGCGAGCUUAGAAAAUGGUGGUGGCAGAAAGGAACCCCAAGUGGCUAGAGAUACUCACAAAUCAACAGACAUCGUGACUGAGUGUAACAGUUCACUUCUCGCGGAGAAUUUACACCACACAAAAUAUAAAUCCUCUGAUUCCCGUCGAUCUUCUAUCAGUUCGGUCCUCAACCGAAAAGACUCCCUUGAUUCAUCUACACCGGAAUUGUUCCAAGGAAUUUGGGAGAAAGAGCUGGAAGAGAAUGAGCGGAAGUGGAAGCGCCUGGCGAGGCUCAGUGAUAGCCGAAAGGGAUCCGAAAAUAUAACCAGUUGUGAUAUGCUACAAGACUUUUCAAUAGUGCCGCUCACGCUCAAGGAUGAUCUCAGAACCAAACCUUUCAUCACCGCUGGUAGCAAGCGCCUCAGUCUCAGUGCAAUCAAACCAAGUACUCACAAGCCCUCAUCUCACCUAGAGGCCCCAUCUAUGCCUAUAGCGCUAGAUACAUCAACUGAUCCCGACUGCUUAUCAAAGAUUUGGGAUUCUUUCAAGUCGGAAGCUGAUAUUAGUCUAAGUGAGAUGACUUACGAUGCUACAUUGAAUGAUGAUCUGGGGGGCAAGCUAGAUCACAUUGAUCAUUACUAUAUCCCUGAAGAGACGGAACUUUUAAUUGAGCGAAAACCACUCACCAAGACAUUCGCUUCAAAGCCGUACAAUCCUUCCUCCACUUCGAAGGCUGAAGUAGUCGGCCUCGGUCUAGUUGAUAUUACAUCGAAUUCUUACAGUCAAUUUGAUGUCACAAGCUUCACCCAUUCAUACCAUGUCCCAGCUCCGGCUCAAGAUGUUAGCUCCAAGUCAUCUGUGGGUAUACACAAGCUGAAAAAACUGUCCCUGUCCAGCGAUAAAGCUUUCAAACCCCCUCCUUCAUCUUCAACGUCGACGAAUGUACAACAAAUUUGUGCCAUAAAAACUGCAGGACCUCUCGCCGAUGACUCCUUCACCCAGAGUUUGAUUUUGGAUCCCUCACUGGUCAACGCUUUUCCAACACCCCCCAAGGGCCAUAGAUCAAGCCUGUCUUCAUCAUCGUCACACUCAAGUAAAUCGCUUCUAUCUCCAAGAAAAAAUCGAACCCGCCUCUCGUUGAUAGCGCGCUGUGAAAGCAAUGAACUCAUGUUUACUGACUCGAGUCUCAGGAUGGGAAAGACAAGUCGCUCUAGUGCAGAGAAUAUGGCCGAUCCAAGGAUGUUGGAUGUAAAAGCCGAGGUUUCCGCGCCGUCCAAACCCCCGAACGAUUUCUCGGAGGGAGCUGUGCACCAGCCAAAAUCGUUUUCAAACCGGCCUCGCGCUCAGUCGGGAUUCGGGCGAGCUCCACCUCCAGCUCCAAUCCAGAUUUUUCCUUCAUCCCAAUCAACAUCUGUUUCAUCUGCAAAGACAGUUUCAUCUGCAAAGACAGUUUCAUCUGCCAAGACAGUUUCAUCUGGCAAGACGCGAAGAAGGAGUCUGGGGGUGACAGCUGGGAAGAACAGCUUGAGCCAUUCGAUGAGGAGCCCUAUUUAUAUGAAACCACCAGCCCCUCCCCCCAACGUACCACUUCCACUUGAACCAGGUCGCAAAUUGCAUUCACCAGCUGAUAUUCACGGAACUAAGUAUCUCAACAAGGAAAAAAUUGCAUCUCCUUCGAGUCAGUCAAAUCUCAGUCCUGGGGCACUUAACCCUGGCUCGCUAAGUCCAGGUUCACUGAGCCCCGGAGGAUUGACAGUCAAAAGACCGAGUUUGGUGAUUCGACCAAAGUUGACGCCUUCACGCUCUGGUGGUAUUUAUCCUACUUCUGGGUCAUCUCGGCCACUCCUGCAAGCAGGUAUAACAACAUUGCCAACAAAAACUUCCACGUCUCCCACCACCCUCAUUCAGGAUACCCGAUCCUCUGAAUGUGAAAGCCCAAUGGCUUCCAAAAGCUUCAUUGUAGACCUUCAUCAUGAUUUGUUACGGUAUGGCAAUGUAGGAAGACAUACAACCUUUGUUCAGACAAUUGAGUUUCUGUUAUAUAAUGUAUCAAUAUCCAUGUGUACACUUGAGUGA